AACCCAAAAUCCCUUGCGGUUUGUGCGUUAGUCUGCGCGUACCCGCGCUCCACGGUGCGAUUUGUGUCUGUCCCUCGCCUCGGAGAUAAGAAGGAGCCGAGCGAGAGAGAAAACGCAACGACCCUGCGAGCGCGCGACCGGCCACAGCUCAUAUAGUGAUGGACGAUGGACGGGAAAUGAUCUCCGAUCUGAUUCUCCUCUGCAGUCCGAUUCACUGUAUGCCGCGAUUCUUUCUUUUCUCGUUGAGUUCCGCUGAAUUCUCGCAUUAUGUAACUCGCACGAUGAUUCCUUCUUCGAUGUACGCUGUCGCAUCAGUGAGAGAUUUCGUUGAUUAUCAUCGCUGUCGGCUGUGACUCCUUCGCUGGGGAGCUUUGCAACCUCAAGAUGUCCACAUAUCGGUUAGCAGCACUCUUGAUGCUCACGCUGGUGAGUCUGAUCAUGGUGCAAUCGUCUAGUGCAGAGCUGCCACUAAACGAUUAUGAAUUGAUAGUUAAACGUCAGGGAAUGAGCAAAUACUGUGGCAAGCAUCUUGUAAAUACAUUGCAGCUCAUUUGCCAUGGACUGUACAACACGAUGUUCAAGAGAGAUCAAGAAAUGGACCUGGACGAUUACCCCUCGUACGACGACUCAUAUCCAUUCAGGUCGCGGGCCAGGGCCAGGGCGAUGAUGAUGGGCCGCUUCGGCGGCAGUCGAUACCGGCGCCAGUCGCGCGGCGUCCACGACGAGUGUUGCGUCAAGUCUUGCUCAGUCGCCGAACUGGUCAGCUACUGCGCCAGCCCUUCUUAAACGUAAGCGCCUCCUCGACUCACCUCUCGACGAGGGCUAGGCGCGUAAUAUCGGCAGCGAAACAUUUGAACGCCUAAUUUAUUCAUUAUUCCUUCCUCGACUCAGUUCAACUACGACACUUCGACUGUACACCCUGCUUGCCCGCUGUUAUACGAAUAAAAGAGAUGUGAUAGAGUGUGUGUUUUAAUCUGUGCAAAUUUUACGUCAGACAAAGUGAUAUAAAACUAUGGAGAAAUGAACGAUUUCUUAUUGAGUUGGUAUUUUGUACUUUGUUUCCGUUUUGCUAGGUCGUGUUUUUUUAUUUGUUCUUUGUUUUCUUUUUUUUUAUCUUUUCGAGAUCGAUCGUUUCUUUUGGUGUCGCUAAUGUGGAAUGAGCAAGAUUUUUUUCGAUAUACACGAGAUUAUAUAGACUGCUUAGACAACGGGCUCUGGACUGGUCGAAUUCACUUCAUCUUAUCGAAAUUUCAUUGAUAUUUAUUAUUGGCCUCGACGUUGCUCUUGCGUAGAGCUAAUGUGUGUUAUUUAAAUUUGUAGCGUUUGUAAGUUAUGCGACCAACCGGAUAUGUUAAAUCAUGUAUCUUAACCGCUUCGUUUUUUUAUAUCUGGACGAUCAGUGAGGUUUAUUAUUUAUUUUAUGAUAUCUUCAAAUAAAUUAAUUUUUUUUUUUUUUUUUUCUUUUAGUACGUCUCAUUAUUUUUUUAUUUUGAGCACUUUCAAACACCUUUGCAUGCUAUAUAAUAUAUGUGAGCGCUAUUGUGAUAUAUACAUAUAUACGCAUAUCAAUAGCGCAUUGGUUAUAAAUUAUAUGCACCGAUCUGAAAUUGGAUUUCAUGUACCUUGAAAAUAAAUAUAUUUGUGAAAAACUACGUAAAUUUAAAAACAAUCAACGUGAAUCUUACAUUGUGAAAUUGUUAUAUUUUCUUAGAUAUACAUAUCUUACUAUAUGCAUUUUAUUUUUGAAAGUUUAAUUUUCAAAUACUAUAGAUUACGAUAAAGUAUAAUCCUAUUAAAAGUACCAUAUAUUUGCUCAGUUAUAAAAAUAUAUAUCCUGCUUGACAAUACUGUUCUUUUCUCGCCUAUUCGUAGAAAGAAAAACACAAUUGCUGUUCACGUUUGACCUUCAAAGCCCUGUGUUAAUCCUGUAUUACAAAACUUUUGUUUCACUAUCGAUUCAUAUAUAUGUAACAUUAGAUUAAGUGAAAAAGCGUCAUUUAACCAGCGUCGGUCUAAACUUAAGAUUCGUUAAGUAUACGCACUUUGAAUUUAUGUUUAUUUUUUCUAGAGGCUGUGACAAAAUGAAAGAGGCUUUGAUAAAGUGUUAUGAAUUAUUAUUAACGUUGUGCGCAGUAGAAGGCAUAAAAUGUAGAAUUUUUUUUAUAAAGUAAUUAUACAGUUAUUCUAAUUUCUCUGUAAAAAUGGUA